AUGAAAAUUGAUUAGCAAUCAUACUUUAUUUCGAAAGAUAAAUUAGGUAAAUUUUCUUGUAUAAAAAUUCAAUAAUCCAUAUAAAUAUUUCAUUAAUUUUAAAAUAAAAAAGAAAUCUAUAAAAUGUCAAAUUUCGACUAAGCACAAUCUACAAAUGUACCCCUUGUGGUUACACAGUAAGAAAUAAGCCAAUAAGGAAUAUUUAAUCAAACUUCUAAAACAUUGGGUUGGUAUUAAUAUUUUCCUGAAUCCAAUGGCUUUGCUACAUAGGAAUUAUCAACUCAUGAUCAGCAAAUGUUGUUUAUUGUGAAACUAUAUGCAUUUUUGGCUAGUUUGUUCAUCUUCCAGUAUCUAAUGGUUAUCUUGUUUUAUUACUCUAACCAAUUCAGAUGGAGUUUAAUCUCUUAUGAUUACUAACCUUUUUAUUGGGUUAUUCUAGGGGUUACAAUUAUGCUAGGAUUGAUGGCUUAUUUUAUCAAAUAAACAAGAAAUGUAAUGCAGUUUAUACUAUGAUAUAGCCUCCCAUAAAUCUAAUUGUAUCUUUGUUAUAUUCCUUCGGAGUAGGGUGUGUCUUGUAAGCACCACACGCAGAAAGAUUAUUGUGGAAUGAAAUCAGUUUGUUAAUAAUCUUAUAUCAAUUUUGUAUGACUGUUUGUACAUUUGGAACACUUAUUGCUUAUAAAUUUUAAGAUUCUCAGUUCAUGAAUGGAUCAUGUAAUUAUUAUUAUUAUUUUAGAUAUUUUGUUGUUCGCACUUAUAUUAGAUGUGUUUAUUAUACUUAUAUUUAUUUUAAUUUAUGUUGAAUUGGCUUGGUUGAUAGUGAUUAGUGUAAUUGUCCAUUUAAUCUAUGCAUGUCUUCUAUUAUUUGAGACAAAAUUGAUAUAAAGAGGAAAAGUAUUAAACAGUAUUAUUUUAGUUUAACCUCAGUUUGAAUGAGUAUGUUUCUGGAGCUCUCUUUAUUUACAUAGAAGUAACUCUAUUCUUUGUGUUUCUGGCCAUUUUAUUUUUUAUCUUUAUCUUUGUGGCUAUAAUAGUGUUGAUUGGAACUUUUAUUGCUCACAAGAAGUGA